AAGAGGAACUCAAUUCUUCGUUUGUUAAUCAACUCUUCGUCUAUUGGCGCGCGAUAGUUCCAGCGUUUUAAUCUAUGACAUGAUCCCUCAAUGCUCAUUAUUGAUACCUCUUCGAAUGUUCAACCUCUCCAUUCUCCAAUCUCCAAUUCCCAAUUCAAUUCACUUCCUAUGCAUAGCAACAUAGAUCUAAGGUUCAGAAGGUUAAAUCCUUCAUACAUCUCCUUGACGUCAUGAAGUUUGCUAAAGAACUCGACCAAGAUCUUGUCCCAGAAUGGCGGGUCAAGUAUCUAAAUUACAAAGCUGGCAAGAAAUACAUCAAAGCUGUCUCGAGGUCAAUCAAUAAAGCAAACGGAACACCGCGAGCCUUUGUCAGAAGAAGAAGUGAGCUCCCACAGCACGAGGCGACUCCUCGUUCAGGCCAAUUUGCCCGUCAGCAAAAUGGCGCCCCUGAAGUACCUACUGCAGAUGAGAUUGAGUCCCUGCGAGAAAGCCCCGCACCCAUGGGGCAAACGAAUAGGGGAGCCCAUAAUACACCAAAGCCUCAACCGACACCAAUUCCCGCUAGGACGGAGCGUCAAUCGCUGACGCGGUCGCCGGGCAACGAAGGACAAUAUGGUAGUUUCGUGCCUACGCCGCCUUCAGUUGCUGAUAGUUGGAAUGUCUUUGAAUUGCCUGGUCCUGCAUUGGGCGAGCCCGCAAUGUCAAGCGAUCCAUUUCCACCCCCACCUCGGCCUUCUGAGACGCUUCGAAAGUCUAUGAGCCGGCAAUCUGCACGGCGUAGUAUGUCCAUGGGUGCUGCGGUUCCAUCUGGAAUCCUUCCUCCACCAGCGACCCCUACCCGCUCUCGGGCUACGUUUGAAGAAAACCCGUCGCCGGGCAGACUACGGCGAAUUUUCUCGGCAGGUCAUCACCUAAGCCAGCAGCUCACGAGAAAUGAAAGUAUGAAGUUCGGAUAUGGAUUGCAGACCAUUGAUACUGUUAGGGAUCGUGAAAAGGAAUUCUUCGAUUUCCUAGAUAGCGAGCUAGACAAAGUCGAGACAUUCUAUCGCCAAAAAGAAGAACAAGCUGGACAACGCCUAGCAGCUUUGCGGGAGCAAUUGCACGAGAUGCGAAAUCGGCGAAAUCGAGAAUUGGCCGAAAUUAGACAACGUAAGGAGAGAGGUGAAGACAGCAGCAGUCAUGAUACCAAGGGGGUCUCAUCUAGUGCUAAUGGUUGGGUUGAGCCGAUCAAGUCCAGGAUAUUCAAGCCCGGCGCUAAUUCAAAAGCCUUCUCCAAGCUGCAUUUCACUCCUGUACUCAGUGCAAUGGGAACUGAAGCAAGAAGGGAUUACAUCAAGCGGUCUACAAGCCAUGAAGUAUCCUACAGGACAGCGAAGCGAAAAUUAAAAUUGGCGUUGCAGGAAUUCUACAGAGGACUAGAACUCCUUCAAUCAUAUGCGCAACUCAACCGGACCGCAUUCCGAAAGCUGAAUAAGAAAUACGACAAAGCAGUUAAUGCUCGACCACCUUAUCGGUACAUGAAUGAGAAAGUCAACAAAUCGUGGUUCGUAAAUAGCACCACUGUUGAAGGAUACAUUCAUUCUGUUGAGGACCUUUAUGCGCGAUACUUCGAGAAAGGGAAUCAUAAAAUCGCUUCGGGGAAAUUGCAUCGCCUAAACCGAAGACCAGGAGAUGAAUCAGCCAAUGCAUUUCAGAACGGACUCUUCAUCGGCACAGGAGCUGUGUUCGCCCUUCAGGGCCUCGUAUAUGGAUCUGAACUCUUGUUCGAUCCAGACCCGGAAGUGCAGCAACAGACCAGCUACCUCAUGCAACUAUAUGCUGGCUAUUUUCUAAUGCUAUUUCUUAUGUUCGCAUUCUGCCUUGACUGCUAUAUGUGGACACGCAAUAAGAUCAACUACCCUUUCAUAUUCGAAUUUGACACAAGAAAUAACUUGGACUGGAGACAACUUUCAAGCUUUCCGAGCUUCUUCCUAUUGCUCUUUGGCAUAUUCUUCUGGAUAAAUUUUACUAGAUACGGGUCUUCUGAGCUAUAUCUGUACUAUCCAGUGAUCCUAAUCGUCAUUACGUUGGUUAUCCUUCUUCUGCCAGCGCCGAUAUUAUGGCAUAGAAGUCGCCAAUGGCUUAUGUAUUCCCACUAUCGAUUAUUCUUCGCUGGACUAUAUCCCGUUGAAUUUCGGGACUUCUUUCUCGGCGAUAUGUAUUGUUCCCUUACAUAUGCCACUUCGAACGUUGAACUCUUCUUCUGCCUCUAUUCGCGCCAUUGGAACAACCCAGUUCAAUGCAACUCCAACAAUUCCCGCUUAUUGGGAUUUUUUUCGGCGCUUCCUCCAAUAUGGCGCGCGCUGCAAUGUAUUCGCCGAUACCGCGAUACUAGAAAUGUCUUCCCUCAUCUUGUCAACGGCGGCAAGUACGGCAUGACCAUUAUGGCGGCCGUGACACUUUCGAUAUACCGUAUGAGAGCUACGGAUUCGAAUCUCGGCCUCUUUGUUACAUUCUCCACCAUGAACGGCAUCUACACAUCGAUAUGGGACUUAUUCAUGGAUUUUUCCUUUUUCCAACCCGACACACGACACCGAUUUCUGCGCGACAUACUUGGGCUCAAGCGCCGUUGGUUGUACUACGCAAUCAUGAUUCUUGACCCAAUAUUGCGUUUCGGUUGGAUAUUUUAUGCCAUCUUCACCCACGACAAGCAGCACAGCACCCUCGUAUCCUUUUUUGUUGCACUAGCGGAAGUUACCCGUCGCGGGAUGUGGGCCUUAUUUCGUGUUGAAAACGAACACUGCGCCAAUGUGGCUCAGUACAAGGCCAGCCGGGACGUGCCGUUACCCUACCACCUCCACCCCCACGAGCCUCUUGUCGAGCGCGUCAGCAGCGAAGAAGAGGAACAACGCCGCACUUCCACGAUGCCUAUUGUUCCUGUCGAAGGUGCAAGCGCAAGCGCCGUCGAUAUCAGCACGGCCGGUGCUUCAGCCCUCGGUCGCGAACAAUCCAACACACGCGCAAGCUCGGAAGCUCAGACCCAGGGACUCGCGGAAGGAAGCACGAUGCGCUGGCGUAGGAAGCCGGAAGUCCUGCGCGCGAGAUCGAUCCGCGGUAUUAUAGCCGACGCUCACAAGCAGGACUUCGAAAAGCGGAGACGGCCGACCCAGGCACCUACCUCAGACAACGAUGCGGAUUUAGCGGAGGCGCCGAUUGAGGAGAGCGAAGGGGAAGAUGACGAUGACGAGAGUACGGGAAGCAUGAUUGAUGAGCGUCUGGAAGCGAGGAGGGCGGAAGGAUUGGUUAAGGCGGAGGGGAGUGGGACUAAUGUGUAGCAUAGGAAUAGGAAUAGACUUUGUACAUAGCUCGAAUAAUUUUGGGGGGUUCUAAUAGAUUUGAAGUUUGGGUUGGAGUAUGGUUAGAUAGCGUAGGAUAGACAGAUAGAUAGAUUUUAGCUGGGGUUGCGUUUUGAUAGGUGAUGUUUAAACAUAAUAUGAUAUCCUAUUUUCCUUCUCAUCACAAUCAU